ACUGCCGUAAUCAUCCUUCCUCCCUCUCCGCUUUCCCCGCGGCUGUCCGCUUAGCCGAUCUUCACUGCCGGCAAUUCGGUGGCUACUCCAGAACGGCUCGUUCACUAGCAAACGAUCCCGAGCCCCGGAAUUUCCUCCCAUGACUUUCUGGUCGACAAUAAGUAUGCUAGCGCUUCCCAAUUUUCCUUCUGGUCGGAAACUAGGCACGAGCUCUGAUUUUCCUGUCUUGAUAAUCUUUUGAUCAAUCCCUCUUUCUUCCUUUCCCCCCCCGCCGGUUUCCGUCAGAGAAUUAAAAUCUUAAACUCACAUCACGAUGGCUUCUCCAAUCCCUCGGGGUCUGCGCCAGGUUCUUCAAAAGUCCCCCAAUGACAUUGUCAUUCUCUCUUCUCUUCGUACACCCGUGACUCGUGCAAAGAAGGGUGGCUUCAAGGAUGCUUAUCCCGAAGAGCUCCUUGCCAAUGUGCUUCGGGCUACUCUUGAGGCGAACCCGAAUCUCGACCCGGCAUUGAUUGACGACGUCGCCAUCGGUUCUGUUCUUCAGGAGCUUGGCGGUGCCAAAGCUGGCCGCAUGGCUCAGAUUCAUGCUGGUUUCCCUAACUCCGUAUCGUUCCAUACAAUCAACAGACAAUGCUCGUCUGGCCUGGCUGCUAUCUCCACUAUUGCCAAUGGAAUCCGUGCCGGCGCCAUCAACGUCGGUAUCGGUGGUGGAAUGGAGUCUAUGACUCGCAACUAUGGUUCUCGCGCUAUUCCUACUGUCCUCUGGCCCGAACUCAAGGAGUCUCACUCGAAGGAUGCCCAAGACUGUAUCAUGCCGAUGGGUAUCACCUCUGAGAAUGUCGCCUCGCGUUACGGAAUUUCUAGGACGGACCAGGAUGCGUUUGCCGCUGAGUCGCACAAGAAGGCGGCUGCGGCCCAGAAUGCCGGCCUGUUCGACUCUGAAAUUGUUCCCGUGAAGACCCUCUCCUACGAUCCCGCGCACCCCGACGCUGCUCCCACCGAAAUUACCGUCUCCAAGGACGAUGGAGUUCGCCACAACCUCUCAAUCGAGAAGAUGGCUAGCUUGAAGCCCGCCUUUUCCGCCGACGGUGCUAGCACUGCUGGAAACAGCUCCCAGGUUAGCGACGGUGCUGCCGCGGCUCUGCUGAUGCGCCGUUCUACGGCUACUGAGCUUGGCUUGACCUCUUCCAUUCGGGCCCGCUGGGUUGCCUCUGCCGUUGCUGGCUGCGCACCCGACGAGAUGGGUGUUGGCCCUGCCGUUGCCAUUCCCAAGCUUCUGCAGAUGUUGGACAUGAACGUUUCCGAUGUCAACAUCUGGGAAAUCAACGAGGCAUUCGCCUCCCAAGCUCUGUACUCUAUUCGCAAGCUCGGAAUUGAUGAGUCCAAGGUAAAUCCCAAGGGAGGUGCUAUUGCCAUCGGUCACCCUCUGGGUGCCACUGGUGCCAGACAACUCGCAACGCUUCUGCCAGAGCUUGAACGCACCGGCCAAGACGUUGGCGUUGUGAGUAUGUGCAUUGGAACUGGUAUGGGCAUGGCCGGUAUGUUUGUUCGGGAGUAAGAAGGAUGAUGAACAGUGAGGAUUUCCAUUUCUGUACAGAUUAAAAUUUGCUUAGAGCAAGUUGGAUUUUCAUGAUAUCAGCGUAGACGCAUGUAUAUACACCCACAAUCGAUGAUGCAAUCUCUUAUUAAAUGAACAAACG